UCAGGUCAGGGUCCUCUCUGGUGGCGCAUGCAUACUCCGAAUUCUCUGAUAGUGAUUUGAGGAGGCUCGCCGCUCGCCGCCGCGGAUCACGGCUUCCGUCUGUCGAGAGUGCUCGUUCCCGUGGGCGUUCGCAGUCGCAGCGGAAUCGUAGGAAAAAUGGCGACGGAGGAUAUUGACCGUGCUAAGAUCGAGUCUAUGCUACGUACGCUGAAAUUGUCAGGUCACGUUGGAUUUGACAGUCUGCCUAGUCAAUUGGUGAACAAAUCAGUGCAAAAUGGAUUCAUAUUCAAUAUUCUCUGCAUUGGUGAAACCGGCCUCGGAAAAUCCACGCUUAUGGAUUCCCUUUUUAACACAAGCUUCGAAUCUAGUCCCAGUCCCCAUAAUCUACCAUCCGUAAAGCUCAAGGCGCACACCUACGAAUUGCAAGAGAGCAAUGUCAGGCUGAAGCUGACCAUCGUUGAUACGGUCGGCUAUGGCGAUCAAAUCAACAAGGAGGACAGCUUCAAGGCAGUCGUCGACUAUAUAGAUGCACAGUUUGAAGCUUAUUUGCAGGAAGAGCUGAAAAUCAAGCGAAACUUGGCAACCUAUCAUGACACUCGCAUCCAUAUCUGCCUGUAUUUCAUAUGUCCUACUGGUCAUGGGUUGAAAUCCAUUGAUUUAGUAUGCAUGAAGAAGCUGGAUACCAAAGUCAACAUUAUUCCAAUUAUUGCUAAAGCAGACACAAUAUCGAAGACUGAGUUACAGAAAUUUAAGAGCAAGAUAAUAUCCGAGCUGCAAAACAACGGAAUACAUAUCUAUCAAUUUCCAACCGAUGAUGAAAGCGUUAUGGAUAUAAACGCCACCAUGAACACUCACGUACCCUUUGCUGUCGUUGGCAGUACCGAUUUCGUUCGCGUGGGCAAUAAAAUGAUGCGUUCUCGUCAAUAUCCGUGGGGUACAGUUCAAGUCGAAAAUGAAUCUCACUGUGACUUUGUGAAACUGCGCGAGAUGCUGAUAAGUACCAAUAUGGAAGAUAUGCGCGAGAAAACACAUUGUCGCCACUAUGAACUGUAUCGAAAGAAGAGAUUGGAACAGAUGGGCUUCAGUGACGUUGACAGCGACAACAAACCUGUAAGUUUUCAACAGACGUGCGAAGCGAAGAGAUCCAUUCACUUGCAAGAGUUGCAACAAAAGGAGGACGAGAUGCGCCAGAUGUUUGUUGCCCGAGUGAAAGAAAAAGAGGCUGAAUUGAAAGAAGCUGAGAAGGAGCUUCACAGUAAAUUCGACAAGCUGAAGAAAGAUCAUACUGAGGAAAAGAAGAAAUUAGAAGACAGUCGCAAAAAGCUUGAGGACGAUAUAUUGGAGUUCAAUAGACGAAAAGCGCAGUUCGCGCAGCAACCCCAACAUCACACUCUGACGUUAGGCAAAAGCAAAAAGAAGUAGAGCGCAUUUCAUCAUGACGACAUCUUUUUAUACCAUUUGAAUAUGACCAUGCAUUUUUAUUGCAUUAUCCAUUAGUAGUAUUAUUAUUUUAAUAUACCUAUAUACCUGAUAUAUUGAUUUAUUUUAUUAUAUUACAUUUUAUAAGUAUUCCGUAUAUAUUAAAUAUAAAUAUAUACCAAAAAUUUUUCUAGAGAUAUACACUAAGUCGCAUAUGUUUCGUAUUAUCUAGAAAUAGCGCUAAUGCAAAGUAAUGUUUAACCAAACAUAUUUUUUAAAUUAAUUUGUAAUGACUUUGGUUUUAUACGAAAUAUAUGUUUAGUAUGCAAA